GAGACAGAGAGAGAGAGCACUAAACAGUAAAGAAAAAUAAUGGGAGUGAAGAUAAUGCCCAUUGCACAGUGACAAGGAAGGUUAACUAAAUGCUGGACAGUUCAGACAGAGGCAAGACAGAGGCAACAACUCUAUCAGAUAUGUCAUCUUACUUGCGGAACAAAGACCUGUCUUCUCGUACCAGAAAAUCAGUUUUGGAGUCGCCAACCUUCUCUCCAUUCUCUGGCAACAGAAGCUUCAAACAUGACAGAUCUAGGGGUGAUGCCAGUGAAGUGGAAAGUGCUUCGGAAACACUUGGUAAUACCAGCUACUACACACGUCGAGAACUGGAUUCUCUAAACAAGACAACUGAUUUUGCCAGCAAGGACUACAAGAAGGUCACUGAGUACACUUGGGGAAAGUCAAACAGACAGUGUUUAAAGAUACCAAAGCUGUAUGAGGAGGCAUUAGCAGAGAACGAGAAGCUCAAGGCUUGUCUGGAGGAUAGCAAGCAAGAUCUGGCUAAAUUGCGCUUGCAGCUAGACAAAAUCACACAGAAGCAGGACAGAAUAUCUGAGAGGUCCAGUGUAUCUGAAUCAGAAAAAAUGGAAAAGCAGUUGUUGGAGAAGAGGGUGACUGAGAUGGAAGAAGACAUUAAGAUUUCAUCAGAUUUUCACCAGAAAAUCAUCAUCUUGAGACGUGACUAACCCCUCAAAGGAAUUUUGAUGUUUGCUCAUAAUGGACCAACAAAUCCUACAGUAGAGACAACAAAAAGGAAGUUAGAAUACUUUCUCCUACCACUUAUUAUUCCUCUUCCAAAUUUCACAGCAGCAAUGCCACCCUGCUGCCCAUCGUUCUUCCAGAACUCCUUCCACGUACAGUCUGAGAAUUCCACCACUGUCACUGUUCAAAACAUACAUAUCCAUGAGUGAAACUACAAAUCACACAACUGAUUAAUGAUUUAAGUCAGCAGAUGUUCUGUCUUUCAAGAUUUAGAAGGAACCUCAUCAAUUAUGGAUUGAUAUGGAUGAGAAUUGAGCUCCCCAGGCUAUAUGCCAGGUGGACUUGCAAAGGUUGCACUAUGGUCAUGUUAGAUGUUAGUAACGUUUUAUCAACCAGAGUGAGCGCUCCUAAAUAGCAAGGAUUCUCACCAUAGCCAUCGUUUAUCAACAGACGUGCUAACAUCUCUAGGCAAAUCCUGUGUGAAGAUUCAGCUAUGGUUCAUAUGGUUUUGUAACUGAUGUUGCAGGUCAGGCAGUUUGUCAUAGGCUACUGGCAGCUCCCUUCUAUAGUUUUCACAUGCUUCUUCAGAGUGUAAAUACUAAUAGGUGCCCUGCAAAAAAAGAGCUCACUGCAGAAGCUGCUGUCAAUUAUGAGGAGCCUUCUGGUUUAGCAAACGUGAAGUGCAUGACCUCAUAUCCAGAGACUUUCUGAUCAUAGUAAACUUUCCUGAAUUCUUCCAGGUUCUGUUGUGCCCAAACAAAGGUAGCUUGGAGAAUGGAGCAUAGAUUAGCUACAUCCUAAUGGGUAGUAUGUAUGGCCUAUGGCCUAUACAGGGGGUAUAGGUGAAGAGUCAUCUCUUAUCCUGUCAUCAUCCCAAAUUAUAUUAUACCAGAGGGAUAAUAUACCAGAGGAUAUAAGGAGCCCAAAUGGAAAUUUCACAUCCCAGUCCCACCCUUUAGAAUCAGAAUCAGAAUCACCUUUAUUACUGUGGGUUUACAUGUAAGGGAUUUGUCUUGGUUUGCUGGUGCUUAAUGACGACAGUUGUAUAUGAGAAAUAAAAAUGAUAUAUUGACAAGGAAAACAUUAUAAAUUUAAAAUUUGGAAAAUAAAUAAAUAAAUAAAUAAAUAAAAACUCUACAUUAAUUCAUGAUGUGCAAUUUCUUAAAACAGCAAAGUAGGGUUUUUGUUAAUGUCCAAGGAGGCAGAUAAGUGACUAUGGUGGGUCCAGGAAAUUCUCAAUAAGGCCAGUUGUAUAGAAAGAAACUGUUUCUGUGGUAUAAGGUUUUAGUCUUGAUGGAACACCUCCUGCCAGAGGAGUGUGCCUCAAAAAGAUUGUGAGAGAUUAGAGGAGUCAGCCACCAUCUUAACUGCUUUCUUCAGUGUCCUGGAAGUGUACAGGCCCUGAAGAGGUGGCAGAUUGCAGCCAAUCACCUUUUAAACAGAGCAACUGACAGACUGCUGGAUAGUAUCAACUGGAGAGUCACACAGGAUAAUGGUAGUGGGUGGGGGAGGGUUCUUACUGAAGUCUCCACUGUUUUCACAGCACUGAGCUUCAGGUUGAUCUGCCUUCACCAGGUCAACAAAUGGUCAAUCUCCCUCCUGUAGGUAGAUUUAGAGAUGAGCCCAGUGAAGGUGGAGUCUGCAAACCUUAAUAGUUUGAUGGACUGGUGACUAGAGAUGCAGCUGUUGGUGUACAGGAAAAAAAGAGUAGAGGAGAAAGAACACAGCCUUGGGGGAACCAGUGCUGAUGAUCCAGGUGACAGAGUUGCCUCCUAUCAGUCAGGAAGACUGUGAUCCACCUGCAUGUGGAAUCCGGCACACUCAGCUGGGAGAGCUUUUUGUAGCAGAUAUAUUCUUCUUCAUCAUUUGCAGUUGUUUGGUUUGCCCUCUUUACCUGCCCUUAUGGGUGAAUUUAAAUAUUAAAUUUGGAAUGAAAUGCAAGCAAUGUUCACAAUUAAUUCAUUACUGAAGCUGUAAAGCUGCAAAGUGUUUAAAGCUCCAGAACAUUAAUGGCUCAUCUUUGUGAUAUUGGGUCAUACUGGAUACAGCUCUUUCUAGACUAGCCUGGAGUUCAGAGUCCAGGAAGGUCUUCUGUUAUGUCAUCUCUCAAUCAGCUCACAAUUUUCAUGCAACACAAUGUCCCCUGUCACACUGCAAAAUGGGUAAAGCAGUUCCUUGAUGCUAAUUAUUUCAUAUUGAAAGAAGAAAUUUCCAACCAAGAGUCAGACAUAAAGGAGGCUGGGGUAGUGAAAAAAAAGGGUUUUUUUUAUUUAGGUUUCAAGGGUGAGGUGAGGUAAAAGAAGGUGAGGAGUGUAGUGCUCUCUACAGCAGUGUGCUUUGUGGUAAUGGUUUCCAGGCAAGGCUGAGCAACAACAAUGCAAAACCCAGGGCACACCAAGUUUUGGGAGCACUGUCUUCAGUGGGGGUCAUUUAUUACUUUUGAAACAACUUGUCUACCUCCAUGUGUGUGCUGCACCCUUUUAUACUCCCCCUAAUUCUCACAGAGUCAGUGCCAUGUCAAGGUCACCAGCCAAAAGCCCCCUUCUUCUGCUUCUUCUGCUUCUGCCCCCUUUCCUUGCAGACAUGUGCUCUCCUGCUUUCCACAAAAAUAUGUGACUGUGUGUGUGUGUAUAUGUGUGUGUGUAUGUGUGUGUAUAAUAAGAGUCAGCAUCAGAUCCAAACAGCUGGAUAUUUGGAGUCCAACAAUGUUUAGGUAGAUGUUAUGUGUGAAAAAAGUAACAUCAACAUGAAUGCCAGGUUUCCCAGCAGAACAAUGUCCAGAGCAUCACACUGUCUCCACCAGCAUGCCUUCUUGCUAUAGUGCAUCCUGGUGCCAUUUCUUCACCUUGAUGCACACAGCCAGGCAUCGAAAAUAGAAAAAUUGCAAAGAAAAUGCAAUUCAUCAGAUCAGGCCACCUUCUUCUAUUGCUCCACACUCAAGUGCUAGUUGUAGGCACUUUCAGCAGUGGACAGUGGUGACCAAUUUGCAGGUAUGCAGGCCCAUACACAUCAAGUUGCAAUGCACUGAGGAAAAGGUUAAGACACUCUAUGUCCUAAUAGCUAGUGUCUCAGCGAUUGGCUCAUAUAACCUCAAUGAGAUGUUUCUUGUAGCCAUCUUCCAGUUUCUGACAUUGAAUGGCAGAAAGUUUCCCCACUCCUCAAUGCAGAAUUCUUUCAGCUAUGUGAUAUUUGAGAGGUUUCUUGCAUGCACAGUCCAUUUCAAAUCACCCCACAGGAUCUCAGUAGGAUUUAGAUCAGUCAAAGCCCAGAAUUCUCCAUUUUUUACUUUUCAGUCAGUCCUUGGUGGAUUUACUGGUAUGUUUUUGGUCAUUGUCAUGUUGCAAGGGUCAGUUCUGCUUUAGCUGCAAUUUUUUUUGACAACAAAGAGUUUAUAAUGGAUUCUAUGAUGGUGAGCUGGCCAGGUCCUGCUGCAGCAAAGCAUCCCCAAACCAUAACACUUCAGUUUUGCCCUCAUGUGUUUUUAGACUGCAAAGGUUUCCUUCUUGCACACCUCCCAUAAUAAUUAAAGUUAUGUAGUUUUUUUCUGAUUGUAGAUUCAUGCACUUUGGCAUAAACUGUAGCAAAAGCUUGCUAAGUUCUGUGAUGAUAUUGUAGGGUUUUUGGAGACGUCUUUAUGCAUCUUGAGGUCUGCUCUUGGGAUGAAUUUGCUUGGACGGCCUGACCUGGCCAUGUUUGCAGUUGUUUUAAAUGUUCUCCAAUUGUAAAUGAUUUUAUGGACAAUGAUACAUACAUACAUACAAUAUACAUUCUUUAAAGAUCUUUUUAUAUCCCU